CUGUAAUUUGACUAUUUUCCUCUGUACGGACGGCAGAAUCUUUGUUAUAAAACUGUUUUCCACCAAUUUGUCUGGCCGGGCGAUGUGAUUGCUGGUCACUGCUGCAGGCAUUUUCUCCCGGCAAGAUGAUGAGACAUUGAGGACUGAAAUGUUUGCCUCAACAGUAGUUUGCUUUGUUUGUGGAGAAGCUGCUGGUUGAGACGGGACCAAAGUGAUCUGGGUGCUAUCACUGACCCCUUGCCUUCAGGCAAAUGAUUUAAAUUGGGCCUCAUUUUGAGAAAAGAGGGAAAAAACAUCUGGAUUGUGUCACCCGGUUGGUAUAUACUAGCGAAAAGUUAUCAUUGUUUCUGUCAACUUGUUAUAGAUUGGAACAGUACUCCUGCAUUAACUCUUUGAGAACUGCUAUAGCAUUUUAUUCAACUUUAUAAUAUUUUCGACAAUCUCCAGUGAUAUUGCCGGUGGUCGUAGACAAAAGUAAUGACAAGAUGCAAUCAGAUUCCAUGGAUGAGGAGAACAGUACAUGGUUUAACUUCCCUGCUCAAAUAAAGAACAAAGCCAACAGGACCUGACAAUUACAGAUGGCAUUCACCACAUGGAACAAGCACACCAGAAAAUCCCACCAUUUUAUCACAGCCCAUUAUUCACUCAUUUUCUGACAGGGUUUGUGAUUACAGAUCACUUGAUUGACUAACUAGACAUCUGCAAAGUGAGUUACAGAACAGGAUUUUAGAAAUCUCCAUUAUAUUUCUCUGCUUGUGUUCUUUGUCUGCAAUGGUCCAAAUAUCAGUUGCUGCAUCCCCACCGUAUUUCAGGCACCAGGAUCAGGUGAACUGGAUAUCUCUCUCCAAGCUGUUCCUGAAGAAUAAAUUGCCUGUUUGUGCACUGGACAGCCAGCCACCCCCUUUUCCAGCUUUCCAGCUCAAAACAAAUUGGGUGCCAGAGUCACAGGUCAGAGGCAGAGAAAAUCCAAAUCAACUGUUACCUCUGUUGAUCAUCAUACAUCUGAAGUAUUUUGUGACCUUAAGUCGGAAGAGUCUUGGAGGAGUGCAUUGGCUGCAAGAGAAGUUAACGUACCAACUGAUGGCUGGAAUUUCUCACAGUCCCGUAAAUGAUGUGAAAGAUGAAUGCUCAAAUUCACAUAAAUGUCGUUCUUUUCAAGAUCAUCCAUGCAAUGAGGACACUUCAACAGCAUUGCAAACUGACAUGAACUUACUUGCCCAGGUUGAAUGGCUAAUUGCAAAAAUGGUGACAUCUCUGUGUGUUCCGUGUUUAUUUUUGUUCUGUUGCUUUAAUCUGAAUAUUUCAACACACGGCGAAAGGAUUGGUUCAGAUGCAAUAAAAGGUACAAGCUUCCGCAAAACUGUUUUUGGAAUAACACAGACCUACAUUGAGGGAGACUACAUGUGGCUUUAGAGAAGAUCGGCAUGGGUUGUAUUGGAAGCGGUGACAUCAGCCAUCUGACAAGGGCUCAUGGUUUGGUUCAGAAAUUUGGCAAUGUAGUUGAUCACUGCUUUCCUGCUGGCAAUGAUCGCCUCCAUACAUAAGAUGUGCCUAAUCGGUGCUGGAUUUAUAUAUAUAUGUUGACAAUGAAUAGAAACAUAGAAACAUAGAAAAUAGGUGCAGGAGUAGGCCAUUCGGUCCUUCAAGCCUGCACCGCCAUUCAAUAUUAUCAUGGCUGAUCAUCCAACUCAGUAUCCUGUACCUGCCUUCUCUCCAUACCCCCUGAUCCCUUUAGCCACAAGGGCCACAUCUAACUCCCUCUUAAACAUAGCCAAUGAACUGGCCUCAACUACCUUCUGUGGCAGAGAAUUCCAGAGAUUCACCACUCUCUGUGUGAAAAAAAGUUUUCCUCAUCUUGGUCCUAAAAGAUUUCCCCUUCAUCCUUAAACUGUGACCCCUUAUUCUGGACUUCCCCAACAUUGGGAACAAUAUUCCUGCAUCUAGCCUGUCCAACCCCUUAAGAAUUUUGUAAGUUUCUAUAAGAUCCCCCCUCAAUCUUCUAAAUUCUAGCGAGUACAAACCGAGUCUAUCCAGUCUUUCUUCAUAUGAAAGUCCUGACAUCCCAGGAAUCAGUCUGGUGAACCUUCUCUGUACUCCCUCUAUGACAAGAAUGUCUUUCCUCAAAUUAGGAGACCAAAACUGUACGCAAUACUCCAGGUGUGGUCUCACCAAGACCCUGUACAACUGCAGUAGAACCUCCCUGCUCCUAUACUCAAAUCCUUUUUCUAUGAAUGCUAACAUACCAUUCGCCUUCUUCUCUGCCUGCUGCACCUGCAUGCCUACUUUUAAUGACUGGUGUACCAUGACACCCAGGUCUCGUUGCAUCUCCCCCUUUCCUAAUCGGCCACCAUUCAGAUACUAAUCUACUUUCCUGUUUUUGCCACCAAAGUGGAUAACCUCACAUUUAUCCACAUUAUACUGCAUCUGCCAUGCAUUUGCCCACUCACCCGAGCCUAUCCAAGUCAACUUGCAGCCUCCUAGCAUCCUCCUCACAGCUAACACUGCCCCCCAGCUUCGUGUCAUCCGCAAACUUGGAGAUGUUGCAUUCAAUUCCCUCGUCCAAAUCAUUAAUAUAUAUCGUAAAUAGCUGGGGUCCCAGAACUGAGCCUUGCGGUACCCCACUAGUCACUGCCUGCCAUUGUGAAAAGGACCCGUUUACUCCUACUUUUUGUUUCCUGUCUGCUAGCCAGUUCUCUAUCCACAUCAAUACUGAACCCCCAAUACCGUGUGCUUUAAGUUAAGAAUGCAGGCUUUCUGAUAGGCCUAACACAGCAAGCAUUACAUUUUAUAUAGCCAUCGGUGUUUAUGUAUUCAGAUUCACUGAAUUCUCAUCUGUGUCAUGAACAUGAGAGUACAUCUGACAUUGUCUUCCAGUUUCCUUGAUCCCUUCCAAAUUAGUUUAGUUUAAUUAUUGAGUGUGUGAGUGUGAAUUGAGUAUGAAUACAUCUCCGCGAUAUAGGUUUAGGUUUAUUAUUGUCAUAUUUACCGAGGUACAGUGAAAAACAGAUCUGAUAUACCAUUUGUAUCUAUAUAAAUGAUAAAGAUACACAAUGUUCCACGUGCUCUAGAGUCCUCCAGCACUUUGUGUUGUGUUCAAGAAUCCAGCAUCUGCAGUUUCUUGUGUCUCAAGUAAACAGUUAAGUUUAUUUAACUGGGUUAGCUAGGAACAGGCUAUUUUUAGAUAUGGUCAUAUCUUAUGAGGUAGGAAUAAUAAAAAAUCUUACAUAGAAACAUCGAAAAUAGGUGCAGGAGUAGGCCAUUCGGCCCUUCAAGCCUGCACCGCCAUUUAAUAUGAUCAUGGCUGAUCAUCCAACUCAGUAUCCUGUACUUGCCUUCUCUCCAUACCCCCUGAUACCUUUAGCCACAAGGGCCACAUCUAACUCCCUCUUAAAUAUAGCCGAUGAACUGGCCUCAACUACCUUGUGUGGUAGAGAAUUCCAGAGAUUCACCACUCUCUCGGUGAAAAAUGUUUUUCUCAUCUCGGUCCUAAAAGACUUCCCCCUUAUCCUUAAACUGUGACCCCUUGUUCUGGACUUCCGCAACAUCGGGAAAAAUCUUCCUGCAUCUAGCCUGUCCAACCCCUUAAGAAUUUUGUAAGCUUCUAUAAGAUCCCCCCUCAAUCUUCUAAAUUCUAGCGAGUACAAGCCGAGUCUAUCCAGUCUUUACAGUUAAAAAUCACAGAGUAAUGGUUACAACAUCCAAAACUACUAGUUUCAACUUAAUUAAGGGGCAAUUACUUGGGAAUGAAUGAAGAUCUGUUUAGGGUGGGCCAAGAAACUAGGCUAAAGGAAGAGUAAAUAAAUGAGCAGUGGCAUUAGUAUUAAGCAGCUAUUUCUUAAUUUUCAGCAGAAACGUAUUGUAAUUAAAAAGUGGGACAAUGAGAACCAUCAACCAUCGGUGGUUAACGAAGGAGGUCAGGGAAAACAAUAAAUCAAGAACUGAAGCAUGCAAAAUGCCAAAACCCAGUGGUAGACCACAGGACUAGGAUAUGUUCUGAAACUAGCAACAGAGAACUACAAAGUCAAUAAGGAGAGUGAGAGUCAUAACAAAAUAAAGACUAAGAGCUUCUAGUGAUACAUGACAAAGGAAAGAUAAGUGUGGAACUCUGGAAAUUGAGCCAGGAGAAUUAAUGAUGAGAAACAAAGAAAUAGGGCAGCACAGUGGCACAGUGAUUAAGCUGCUGCCUCACAGUGCUAGAGUCCUGUGUUCGAUCCAGACCUCAGGUUCUGUAGGUUUCACUUUCUCUCUGUGUCCGUACGGAUUUCCUCACACAUCCCCGAGGUUUGAGGGUUAAUUGGCUAAUGUAAAUUCGCCCCUUGUGUGUAGGGAGUGAAUGAGAAAGUGGAUAACAUAGAUAGCAACAUAGAAACAUAGAAAAAUAGGUGCAGGAGUAGGCCAUUUGGGCUGAUCAUCUAAAAUCAGUACCCCGUUCCUGAUUUUUUCCCCAUAUUCCUUGAUUCCUUUAGCCCUAAGAGUUAAAUCUAACUCUCUCUUGAAAACAUCCAGUGAAUUGAACUCCACUGCCUUCUGUGGCAGAGAAUUCCAAGACCUAGUGAUGUUGUGGGCUCAGUCGGCCGAAGGGCCUGUUUCCAUGCUGUGUCUCAAAACUAAAUAGCAGAUGAGUUAAACCAUUACAUUGCAUCAUUCUUCCUGGUGAAAGACACUGCAAACAUCUGAAAGAUAACGAAUGGCAGGAUGGAGAAUCUGUGGAAUUCAUUGCCACAAAAGGCAAUUGAGGCCAAGUCAAUGGAUAUUUUUAAGGCAGAGAAAGAAAGAUUCUUGAUUAGUACGGGUGUGAGGGCUUAUGGGGAAAAGACAGGAGAAUGGGGUUAAGGGGACGAUAGAUCACCCAUGAUGAAUGGGGGAGUAGACUUGAUUUCCAGAAUGGCCUAAUUCUGCUCCUAUUGCUUAUGGACUUAUGAUCUUGUAACAAUUCUUAUCACAAAGGACAAAGUGUUAGUAGAAAACAAUGGAGCUAAAGACAAACUAUCAUCAGGAUCCAACAAACUGCAUCCAAGAAUUUAAAAAGAAUUGGCUGCAUUCGUAGUGGAGCCACUGGUUGAAGCUUUCCAAAACGCCAAGAUUUUUCACUCGUGGGAAUCUUACCAAGCGGACAUAUUUGCAUGUUAAGGAUGCAGUGAUUUAAAACUGAAGUGUGUAAUAAUAUUUUCUCACAGAGGGUGGUUAACCACUCUCUAUUUCAGACAUAUUGGCAACUAGAGGUUUUUAAAGAGGAGAGAGAUGUUUUUAAAAAGUUUUUGAAAGAUUUUCAAUGUUAUCAUGGCUGACCUGACCGAAGCCUCAACUCCUCUUGUGUGCCAAUUCCAUAAGACCCUCCAUUUGGAGUUGAUGCCUGGAGCAGAUCAGUUAUGAAAGUAUUAAAUAGCAAGACAGUCUUGAGGAAGCGGGUGCCUAUUGCUGCUCCUAUUUUCUUCUGUACAUAUCAUGCACAGAACACUCAAUAAAAAUUGGUGCCAUAUCUGCAUUGCAAUCAACCCAUGUGGGAUGUUCUUUGAUUAUGAUUUGAUUUUCAAGUGGCAUUGAAUUUCAUGCCUGGUUUCUGGGAAUGGACGCUUAAAUGCCCCUGUCCCACUUAGGAAACCUGAACGGAAACCUCUGGAGACUUUGCGCCCCACCCAAGGUUUCCAUGCAGUUCCCGGAGGUUUUUAUCAGUCUCCCUACCUGCUUCCACUACCUGCAACCACCUGCAACCUCCGGGAACCGCACGGAAACCUUGGGUGGGGUGCAAAGUCUCCAGAGGUUUCCGUUCAGGUUUUCUAAGUGGGACAGGGGCAUCAUAUAGGGUAACCGAGGAUAAAUAAAAAUCAAAAGGACACAAAAUGUUAUGCAGAAUCCCGAGAUUUUUCACAGGCCAAUACAGAAUGCUGAUUUUUGGGAAGCUGUGAUCAGUGUUGAUCCCUCUCCUCUGAUCCCCUUCGGGGUGAUCGUUGGUCAGUGUGGACUCGGUGGGCCGAAAGGCCUGUUUCAACACUGUGGCUCUGAACUAAACAUUGGAGUAUGAAACACACUUUCAGUGGGACUAAAUCAGGAAGUGGUGAAAAUUAAACAAACUAAAAAGCAGAGAACAUGUUAAGUGUUCUGAGACUGAAGAAGGGUCUCGACCUGAAACGUUGCCUAUUCCUUCGCUCCAUAGAUGCUGCCUCCCGCUGAGUUUCUCCAGCAUUUUUGUCCACCUUCGAUUUUUCCAGCAUCUGCUGUUCUUUCUUAAACAAUGUUAAGUGUUCUUGUAGCUUUUGAUUUCUAGGACCAAAAAUGCAAAAUAACAGUAAUACAAACCGCCACAGGGGUGUAGAAGUAGUGGUUAAUUAUAGCCUGACUGUUUAGACUAUCUCAAUAGUUGAGAAAGAGAUUGUGAAGUGCUUUUGAAGGCUCCAUUUAGGACUGUGUUGAAACUGAUAUUCCCAGGGGAGCUGAGUGAAGAGAUAUCUCUGCACUCCAAGAGCUUAUUUACCAAACAACCUAAACAGUAUACCAGUUCUCAAGAUCUAUAACUAUCAGUGGAUUCCCACAACCCACAUUCAAUCAAUAGCCAUUACUGUGAGAAAUGUCCUGUUUGGGGAGUUUGGAUUUGAUGCCAGAGCUUUUAUAUCAAAGUACCAUGAAACCAAAUAACUAUAUCUGGCAAUGUGCUGCUGAAUAAUUCCACAAUCCUAAUUUGCAAUAUUUGCAAUGUGCAAUGUUGAAUCACUGACCUCUUCUAUCUGAAGUAGAGAGGCUGGGUUAUAUUUUCCAUUAAAUGUUAUUUACUGAAGCGUGUUGCUUCAGCAGUGUCCGCCUUAUCAGGGGGUGAACUGAAUGGUUCACGUUUCCUCUCCAAUCCUUGAAACGCUCGUGGGCUGAGAGAUUGACAGAUAAGUGAAGUGUGUACAUCUCACACACAGGGACUGCCGGAGUACUGAGCCUGCAAAGUUUUAAUCACUAAAGUGGUGAUGAUAGGCCUGGGAAGGCUCACCUUUCACAUACUAAUUCAAACAAACAGAAAAUAAUGCCUCCAGUACUAUCCAAGACAUUUCCUGCUAUAUUUCCCUGUUGCUGCAGGCAUUUGUUAUAUAAUAGGGUUUCUCUAUGUACGAAAAGUCAAGAUGGACAAUUAAAUGUAACCAAAAAUAGCAGGCAACAGGGAAUAAAACAUGCCCAAUGUGUAUUAUGGAAACGGAGAAAUGAUCAGUCGCUGAUAAUUCUGAGAAUUUGCUGAUUCAACUUCAUUUUCAAGUCAUAAUCUGUAAAAGAUUUUGUAUCAGAGCCAAAUAAAUGAAGAUAAACUCUGACUGUCAAUCAUCAGGCACUAUCACUCAAUCCCUUGGAAUUUGCUAAGCAACAUUACUGUAUGCACUGAUGAUACAUUACAGCUGUCAAUUUUCUACUCUUCCCUGCUGUUUUAAGAUUGUUCAAUUUCUUUUCAGACCUGUAAAUAUUUAGUUGAGAAUAUAUUGCUGAAGAAACAUCUGGAACAUCUUGGAACAUUUGUUUCUUGUUUAUUACUGAGACUAGAGAUUCCCGUGAAAUGCAAUUGGUACAGCCAACAACGCUUUAAUAUUUUUCAUAUUUCAACGCAGAUGUUGUAAUGCACAUUUACCCGUUUGUAUUAUGGUCGCUACAUUUUAAGCAGGGCAAAUGUUUUUAGCUGCUUUGUGUGUUGGUUUAAAGAUUGAAACAAUGACCACACAUUGUGAAAUUACUUCGUUAAAAUUAUUUCAUGGUCUGGAGAAGAGAUAUGAGGCGAUAUUAGUUUUGGAUGGAAUUCUAGAAUAAUCCUAAAUAAAAUAAGCAUAAAUGGCCACAAUGUACUUGAAUAUGUUAAAUCUUGGACAAAAAACAAAUACACAGCCUUUGAUGGUGCAGGGUUAUGUGUAUGUGACGAAUAAACUU